AUGCCUGUUGGGCUGGAGCCGCCCUUCGGGGUGGCGGGAGGAGAGGGCAUGGUGGAGACGCUCACUAGGGGUGGAGAUGCAGUGACCAGCCCACCGCGCUGGCCAGCCGCCGAAUCCGUGGCCCCUCUCCAAAAUACUUGCCGCUCCGCCUUCCACCCGGAGCCUGCUGAGUCCUGGGUCACCCUGGACCCUGCUCUGGGCCUUGCCCACGGGAAGACUGAGACCCAGGGUCCCGUGCGUAGGGGCCCGAGCCCCUGGCGCCUGGGUUUCCGAGGGUCGGGUAGGGGUCACCGGGGCCAAGACAUUAAGAAGACGAGCAGCCCAGAUGCGGGUCCCCAGAUGCGACUGCAGCGGGAGCGAGGAAGAAACUAUUGUCAGCGAUUCCGCGCCAGGAAGCAGGAGCACUGCAGAAGCGCGUGCUCCGGGACUAGGGGUGAUGUGCGGGACCGGGCAGCCCCGCUGCACAAGGGCAGCGACGGCCGACCCCUCCCGGACGUCCGACCUGGCUCGGGGCCAGCGAGAACGUCUGCCUGGGGCAGCUGGUGCAGGGGGCCGAGGAGGCUGGCAUUACCUGACGGCAGGGCAGGAAGGGCGGACGCGCAGAGGACGGGGACCCAGCCUUGCUGCGGCGGCAGGCGAGCAAGGGUCACCGGCGGGGAGGGAGCGUCGGGGCGCUGCCUUAAAGGGGCCGGCCUGCCCGGCCGAGGGACCUCACGCCUCCCGGGGACGCGUGCCUCCGAGUCGCCUCCCAGCGACACCGCUUCCGAAGAGCCUGGCUGCCGCCGCGCCCACUCCCCACGAAGAACGGAGUCCAGGAGUCCAGCGCGGAGCGGAAACGUUUAUUCGGAAGGACUUCGUUUAGGCGCUCACAUCGCGCACCCGCAGGAGAGGCGGAGGCGGCUCCGGGAGGGCACGGCGGCUCCGGCGCGCACCACCCUCCCGGGGCGCUCCGUGGCUACAAUCCUGCCGCCGGCCCUCGGGUCCCACAGCCGCAGCCCACGGCGCCCUCGCAGGCUCCGGGCGGCUGCGGGCGGGGCGCGCGGCUUCUCCGCCGCCUGGACCGCGGUGCUGGCCGCGCUCAUGGCGCUGCUCAUCGUGGCCACGGUGCUGGGCAACGCGCUGGUCAUGCUCGCCUUCGUGGCCGACUCGAGCCUCCGCACCCAGAACAACUUCUUUCUGCUCAACCUUGCCAUCUCCGACUUCCUCGUGGGGGCCUUCUGCAUCCCGCUGUAUGUGCCCUAUGUGCUCACGGGCCGCUGGACCUUCGGCCGGGGCCUCUGCAAGCUGUGGCUGGUGGUGGACUACCUGCUGUGCACCUCUUCCGUCUUCAACAUCGUCCUCAUCAGCUAUGACCGCUUCCUGUCCGUCACCAGGGCGGUGUCCUACCGGGCCCAGCAGGGCGACACGCGGCGGGCAGUGCAGAAGAUGGCACUGGUGUGGGUGCUGGCCUUCCUGCUGUACGGGCCGGCCAUCCUGAGCUGGGAGUAUCUGUCUGGAGGCAGCUCCAUCCCCGAGGGCCACUGCUAUGCUGAGUUCUUCUACAACUGGUACUUCCUCAUCACAGCCUCCACCCUGGAGUUCUUCACGCCCUUCCUCAGCGUCACUUUCUUCAACCUCAGCAUCUACCUGAACAUCCAGAGGCGCACCCGCCUUCGUCUGGACGGGCCCCGAGAGGCUGGCCCAGAGCCCCCGCCGGAGGCCCAGCCCUCCCCGCCCCCACCACCUCCGGGCUGCUGGGGCUGCUGGCCAAAAGGGCAGGGGGAGGCCACGCCGCUGCACAGGUAUGGGGUGGGCGAGGCCGGCCCCGGCGCUGAGGCUGGAGAGGCGGCCCUCGGGGGUGGCAGCGGUGGGGGCGCUGCAGCCUCGCCCACCUCCAGCUCCGGCAGCUCCUCGAGGGGCACGGAAAGGCCGCGCUCCCUCAAGAGGGGCUCUAAGCCCUCCGCAUCCUCGGCAUCUCUGGAGAAGCGCAUGAAGAUGGUUUCCCAGAGCAUCACGCAGCGCUUCCGCCUGUCACGGGACAAGAAGGUGGCCAAGUCCCUGGCCAUCAUUGUGAGCAUCUUCGGGCUCUGCUGGGCCCCGUACACGCUGCUGAUGAUCAUCCGAGCUGCCUGCCACGGCCACUGCGUCCCCGACUACUGGUACGAGACGUCCUUCUGGCUUCUGUGGGCCAACUCGGCUGUCAACCCGGUCCUCUACCCCCUGUGCCACUACAGCUUCCGCCGGGCCUUCACCAAGCUGCUCUGUCCUCAGAAGCUCAAGGUCCAGCCCCACGGCUCCCUGGAGCAGUGCUGGAAGUGAACACGGCCGCUCACUCUGUUUCCUGGGCGGCCCCGGGAGUGAGCCGCACCUUGUCUGCGGCCCACCCUGAGUGUCACGGCAGCUGCCCUUAGACCAUCUGCCCUGCACCGGGGGCAGCCUGGUGGGCCGGCUGGGGCCCUCGCUAGCGGAACUGGGGUGUGGAUGGUGAGCUCUGCUCCCCAGACCCUGCUCCCAUCCCAGGGCGCCAACCCGUGGGUCCCAGGCCUGCUGUCCACCCCCACGGACAGUGCAGUGCCCAGUGGCGUCCAUCCUUUUCACACUUGGUGGUUGGUGUUCUUCUCAAAGUGAACGGUGUGUGCUCCAGCUUCCCGACCCAGCAGUGUGCUCCCGCACGCGCACACACCUGCACACCUCUCCUGCAGACAAGCCCGGGACGCUGCCCUUGCUGCUGUCUGUCUCUUGCUCGGGCCCAGGGCCCGCUCCUUCAUCCCUCUUCCCCCAGCUCGCUGCCCCACCGAGUGUCAAGUGCCCCGGCAACCUGAAAGCCGUUCUCCGCUUUUCCACUCUGGGUGUUUUCAGGAAGAUGAAGAAGAAGAAAGCACGUCUGUGAACUUGAUGUUCCUUGGAUGUUUAAUCAAGAGAGACAAAAUUGCCGAGGAGCUCAGGGCUGGAUUGGCAGGUGUGGGCUCCCACGCCCUCCUCCCUCUGUGCUGCGGCUUCCGGCUGAGCUGUGCCAGCUGCUUCUGCCCGCCCCGCCCCCGGGCUCGGGACAAUGGGAUGGCCCGACUGGCGGCUCUGAGCACAGCCAAAGCCAUGCGAUGCCUGCUCAGCCGGCCAGAGCCUGUCCCGCCAGCCCCAUCUGCUCAGCCAUCAUUUCCUUGUUGUUAUUGGGUGGGAGGGGACCUGGCCAUGUCCUAAGGCUCCUGAACCUUGCAGGGACAGUCAGUGGGAGAUCAGGGCCAAGGGACACCGAGGGGGACACUUUGCCACGUCCUGUACACCUGCCAGAGGCGCUCUGCAUGCUCUGCUGCCCUCACGCCCGCUGUGCUGCCCCUGCCAAUGUGAAGUGACAAUAAAGUGUAUUUUUU